UAUCACUCUCUUUAACAUGGUGAGAUCGGGUUUCAUCACGGUUCUUGAUGAAAACAAAAAUAUUUCGGGAUGUGAUAUCUUUAAAUGUGAUGCAGCUUGAUAGAGUUUAAUGUUUCCUGCUCCUCAUACCUGAGGACUCCUUUACCUCCUGACGCAAAUUCCUGUGGUGUCUGAUUUGAAAAGAAACCUAAUCUAUCAUAUAUCAUAGAACUAGGUUUACGAUCUCAGAGCCAUGCCUCAGCGCUCCCUGUUGUUACACGGCAUCCGGAGGUGGUGUCACUGGAUACCUUCAAAAACUGGCAGAGCAACUUCUCUCGCCCUCUGAGGUCAGUUUUCAUUGUUCUCUGCUUUCAACAGUGUGGCCCCUCGUCCACUAAGCAUGACCCCUGUUAAAGUGAAUGACUUAAAAGUUCCCACCCACUCAGUUCCCUCCCUAAAUUCAAGCACCCAGUCGUCCAGCGGCUCUGAAUCGAAUGGAGAGUGAACCAUGGCGGUCCACAAGAUCAUCAAGUACUUGCUCUUCACCAUCAACUUUGUAUUUUUCGUCGCUGGAAUCACUAUUCUCGGCUUAUCCGUACACGCCAGGAGCAACAGGGCCGACUACCAGAUCACAGACAACCUUCUCCCACCCAUAAACCUCCUGGUGUUCGUCGGUGCCGUGACCAUGAUCCUGGGCUUCCUGGGCUGCUGUGGAGCCGUCAGAGAGGACCGCCGCCUGCUGAAGCUCUUCUUCGUGGGCCUGUUCGCCGUGCUCUUCAUGAUGCUGGCCCUGGGUGUGUUGGGAGCCUUAUCGAGAACCGAGGCCGCCCAGGAGGUGGUGAAGGAGCACCUGAAGGAGCUGCUUCCGCUGAGCGCAGCGCCGAAGGACGUGCAGGAGUCGUUUCAGCAGCUGGAGAGGAGCGGCUUCUGCUGUGGAUUCUUUGUCGGACCUCUCGACUGGGGAAACUCGACGGUUGUGCCCGACUCCUGCAACUGCACGGACACCUCCAGGAAUUGCACGGUUUUGGACGGACGUCAGGUUUACUCCACACCGUGUAUGACGUACUUCAUGACGUGGUUGGACAGAUUGUCUCACACCUUCAUCAUGGUUGCGUGCGGAUUUGGCAUCUUGAUGAUUCUGGGCAUGGUUUUCUCAUCAGUCAUUGGCUUUCAAGUUUGUGUUAAGAAGGGCAGCGUCAUUUAGUUGCUCAGAAGGCCUGAAGUUCACAGGA